UGCGCUGUUUGAUUCGUCAUUUUCAAUCAUGACCGCACAGAGAGCACAUGGUCAGAAGCGGCUUGCAGAUCAGCAGCUUCAAGCAAUAUCCCAGUGAUGAAUACACCCAGAACUCAGCAGAAGAUGUUUUGACACCUUCAGUUGUUCCUCCAGCUAUCUUAUCUACAAUGGAGCUCUCGUUUCAGGGCUCCUCUUUCAACUUUUCAAAAAUGCUCCACAAUGUCAGCAUUCCUCUCAACAACUCGGGGAAUUACACUAACGACCAGUUCCCUGAAGACAACCUGUUUGAAAUCCUGGGUCCAAAACGCUCUCCCUUCUUCUUCCCAGUGACCAGUGUGUACCUGCUCAUCUUUCUCAUCGGCUUGUCUGGAAAUCUGCUCACAUGUGCAGUGAUUGCAAAGCACAAAAAAAUGCGUAACCCCACAAACUUUUACCUAGUGAGUCUGGCUGUGUCGGACCUCCUCGUGCUUCUGUUUGGGAUGCCCUUGGAGAUUUAUGACCUGUGGCAGAACUAUCCAUUCCCCUUCGGUGAGGGUGGCUGCUACUUCAAAACGUUCCUCUUUGAGACGGUGUGCUUUGCCUCCAUCCUUAACGUCACAGCUCUGAGUGUGGAGAGGUACAUAGCUGUGGUGCAUCCACUCAAAACGCGAUACCUGUCGACUAACCAGCAUGCCAAGCGGGUCAUCACCAUUGUGUGGGUGGUCUCGAUGAUCUGUGCGAUCCCCAACACCUCACUGCACGGCAUCUUCUACCUGCCAGAGAGAAUGGAGGAGUCAGCUAUAUGCACUGUGCUGAAACCUUUGUGGAUCUAUAACCUGGUCAUGCAAAUCACAACUGUCUGCUUCUAUUUUAUACCCAUGAUGGUUAUUAGCAUGCUGUACUUAGUCAUGGGCCUACACUUGGGGAGAGAAAGGCGGCAGUCCAGUGGGAACCUGGGAAAGAACUGUUGCAGCACUCGAAGGAAGAUGCGGGUGGAGAAUGGCCGCAGGAGACAGGUCAUCAAGAUGCUCUCAAUCGUGGUGGCGGUGUUUGGCGUCUGCUGGGCACCCUUUCACAUCGAGCGCCUUCUGUGGAGUUCCAUCAGCCAGUGGACUGACUUGAUGCACAACAUUUAUCAAUAUGUCCACAUCCUGUCGGGUGUCUUCUUCUACCUCAGCUCUGCAGUCAACCCUAUCAUCUACAGCCUACUCUCCACACGCUUCAGGGAGUGUUUUCGGGAACUCGUUUGCUCCCAGGGGGAGGACAGCAACUCUGUCAGAGACUCCCCUCCUUUUCCUAAAAUUUUACUGGAUCCCUCCAUCUCAAGCUCCAGAGCUCAGGCUGAGGGGAAAGACUCCAAUGCUUUCAUCCCUUUGCUGUCUACUAACAUGACGCUGAGUAUGGACACUGAAAUCCUCACGUGUGCUUGCAAAGAGACAAUGUGCAAGACCUCUGUGUUCUGAUAUUUUAUUUGAAUAAGCUACAAAGCAGCUGGCGCAGAAAUACUUUAAAACAAUAGAUUAACAUUUUGGAUAUUAGGUUUAUUUACUUUCAAAAUUUGCUGACAUGAUGCUCUGUGAUGAAUACUAAAAAAGGCUGUGUGCUAGGGUAAGGAAAUUUAAGAAUUUUUGGCAGUCAUGGGAACAGAAUAGAGCAUGAAGUUAAAGCAGACUGUUACUGGACCACCUGGUGGUGGAGUAAAAAGAUAGCUGAUGAAGGCUUUGGAUGAACGACAGGGAUCAGGAGGAGAAAUAUGUGAAGGGCACAGUGACAGAUUACAAUGAGGAUAACGAAUAGGAACUAGUGGCUGAUUGGCUUGGAGAGCGCAGAUAUCAGUGGAACAAGCCAAGCACCAAUUAAAUUUUUUAUGAGGCGAUUUUGAAAGCAUAGAAAAAAACAAAACAAACAAAAUACCUGAUAUCGCUAACAGCAAAGGAGGCUGAACAUGAGCAAAAAACACAUUAUUAUUGAUAAGAUACAUAAAUUUUAAAGGUGAAAGGCAGAUUUUUUUUCUUACCCUUGAGAGCCAGGCUAGCUGUGCCUCUAAAUUUACAGUCUUUAAGCUAAGCUUAGCUUUUCUGUGGCUCCAGCCUCGUGUUUAACAGCAGUAUUAUGGAUAUUCUCGUAUAACCAUCGAUCAGAAAGUGAACAAACUAUUUUCUUAAACUCCUUACAUGUCAUUAAAGAGCUUGUAUGUAAUUUUUUUGGAGCUAUGAAUUAUAUUGCUCAACAGUGCCUGCACAUUUUACCUGCUGUCUUAUUUUGUAACUGCUGUAUGCCUUAUGUGGGAAAGAAGGACAGUCAGGUCUGAGCUGAAUAGUUACAUGUUGUAAUGGAUUUGUUGUAUCUGAAACUUAACGUGAUGCUAAUCUGCAAAAAUAAGUUGUAUAUUUCUCUGUUUCAGUGGCACAAAGAAUGUAAUAAUUUACUGUGAUCUUGUUUUUUUCUCUUGUUGCAUGGCGAGCUGCUACGCUGUCGUUCACAGUGAUUGCAAACAUGAAAACUGAUUAUGGCUAUUG